CAUCCUCUCAUUUAUUUUUGUCUCCGCCUGUGUCCCUCUCUUGCUGUUGUUCUCAUUCUAUCUCACACACAGUCAAACCUGGAACACCCAAUUAAAUUUUCCCUUUGUUUCUAAUUUUGUCCAGACAAUUAUUGAUUGGUUUGGACUGCCCAAAGGCAGAGUAGCCUUUUUCAAAACCCAUCGACAGAGAGCUGUGUGUUUUUAUUUGGAAAAAGGAGAGAGAUCUUGGCUCCCAUCCGAGUUGAUUUGGAUUAAAUUAUUUGAACAUGUGUUUUGACUGACGCAAAUACUGACAGUUACUUGAUGUUGAAAUUGUCCUCCACUUGCCCUCACAUCUGGAAUGUAGCGUGCUGCAGAUAAUUUAGGAAUUGCAGAGUUUCCUGUGUGUUUCCAGAGAUGACAAACCAAUCCGACAUUCAUAUUUCAGACCGUCACCCCAGCCUGGAUGAAUUGCCCAAACCUCCCUUUUCAAAGCAUUGCAAUUGGUUGGAAAGAAAUCUACUUCUCUUGCUGACUAUUCUUGGGGUCAUUCUGGGGGCAGUGUUUGGUUGUCUUCUACGCAUGGUUCCUGACCUGGGCCCCAACUUCCUCCUCCUCGUCUCCUUCCCUGGUGACAUCCUGAUGCGAAUGCUCAAGAUGCUGAUCCUCCCGCUCGUCAUCUCCAGUUUGAUCUCAGGCCUCGCGGGUCUGGAUGCUAAAUCGAGUGGGAGGAUGGGCUCCCGGGCCUUAGUGUAUUACAUGUCCACCACAGUGAUCGCUGCUGCUCUCGGUGUGGUUCUGGUGAUCGCCAUCCAUCCCGGUAACCAAAAGCUGAAGAAGCCGAUGACUGUGAUGUCCAGGAAUCCCGAAGUGUCAAGUUUGGAUGCCUUCCUGGAUCUCAUCCGGAAUCUGUUCCCGGAAAACCUUGUUCAAGCAUGUUUCCAACAGGUGCAAACUGUAUCAAAGAAGGUUCUGGUCUCUCUCCCUGAUGACGCCAAGUCUGACAACUCAACCCAUGCAGUCACAGCGAAUGCUUCCUUCCCAAAUGGGACUCUACUCUCUGUCAACACCCGGCCGAUCUUUGUAACAAAGAAACAACUGGAGCUGAAAUGGGGCAUGAACGUUCUAGGCCUGAUUGGUUUCUUCAUUGCGUUUGGGAUAUCCAUGGGGAAGAUGGGUGAAAGGGCACAUAUCAUGGCCGAGUUCUUCAAUGUUCUCAACGAAAUCAUAAUGAAGCUGGUUUCGAUGAUCAUGUGGUACUCUCCCUUGGGAAUCGCCUCCCUGAUCUGCGGGAAGAUUGCGGCCAUCAAGGACCUAGAAGUGGUUGCUCAGCAACUCGGCAUGUACAUGGUGACAGUGAUAGUGGGCCUUGUUAUUCACGGCGCCUUCAUUCUCCCCUCCAUCUACCUCCUCAUCACCAGGAAGAACCCUCUCACCUUCUGCGGUGGGAUAUUUCAGGCUUGGAUCACGGCUCUCGGCACUGCCUCCAGUGCGGGUACUCUGCCUGUGACCUUUCGCUGUCUCGAAGAGAACCUGCAGAUUGACAAACGGGUGACCCGAUUUGUGCUGCCCAUUGGUGCGACCAUAAAUAUGGAUGGGACAGCGCUGUACGAAGCAGUGGCGGCCAUCUUCAUUGCCCAGAUGAACGGGAUCACACUGGACCCUGGGCAGAUAAUAACAGUCAGCCUGACGGCCACCUUGGCAAGUGUGGGAGCAGCCAGUAUUCCCAGCGCUGGCCUUGUGACCAUGCUGCUCAUCCUGACAGCGGUGGGCCUUCCCACUGAGGACGUCAGCCUGCUCAUUGCCGUCGACUGGCUCCUCGAUCGUAUGAGGACAUCGGUGAACGUGGUGGGUGACUCAUUCGGAGCUGGGAUAGUUCACGAUCUCUCCAAAUUAGAAUUGGCAGCCAUUGAUGCCCAGCACGCAGAUCAAAACGACUUGGAGAUGGUCAAACUCCGGCCAACGCUUGACAAUGAGAAGAACUACAAGAUGGAGAUUACCCCCCUGCUUCCAUACGCAGGAUACAACUCAAUUCCAACUGACGAUUACGAAACCACCGACAUCAGGAAUGAUGGAGCUGAGCAGGAUGACAAUGAGCCAGGCGAAUUGAAGGAGCCCGAAGAAUUGAAUAACAAAGAAUCAAAAAAACCUACCUAAUUGCGAUAAGGAGAAAUGGAUGUGUAGAGAAGGAUGAAAACAUGGAAGAGGAAUAAUUUGAUUCUGUGAAUUUUUUUUUAAAAAAAAAUGUCUUUCCCUUCUUAGAGAGCAAAAGAAAAUAGUUUUAAUAGAAGCAGAGCAGUGUUUUCCUGUCAACUCUGUGUUAGAUGGCUAACUCAUAUUGUAAGGUUGUCAGAUGGAUUCCCACCGUUAAACUUCAUAUAAGCAAGAACUUCAGCAUAGCUUCGGUUUGCCAAUUCUCUAGGGUAACCCUGUAGUCUCCAGGACUUAAACAGUCAAUACCCUGUACUCUGCUCUGAGCUACCCAGGAAGAAAAUCAAAGGGACUUACUAAGUUUUUUUUAACUUGUCUCUAGCAAGGUUUGUUAUCCAAAUAAUGGAUGUGGGAAUGGUCACCCCAUCAAAUAAUAGAGUCUAUUUCCGUUCUGGGGAUGGGCAGGAGGAUUCUGAAUAUUGGGAAGUGCUGGGGACUGAUGGCAAGGAUGUAAGCCAACUGUGACCACUCCAGAUGUGUGUCCAGAUAGAAUUGGUGACCCUCACAUGCAGUUGUUUAAAUCCUGUCCGUAGGAUUGACACUUGGAUGAAGCAGCGAGGUCUAAAGCAAGUAGGAAAUGAUUGACUAGGGCAAAAAACGACUGAAAGAAAGAAGUGAGAGUGAAGAGGCUACAGCGAAGUUUUGUAUAUUGCUAAAUGUGUCCCUUGUAUUUCAGUCAACGUGAGCUGAAGGUGUGUACGUACAUAAUUCCAACAAUAAUCAUUGAAUCGCUACAGUGGAGAUAAACACUAAUCGAUUCCAUACCAACCCUCUGGAGACCAAUCCAUCUAGACCCUCCACUCCCCACUCCAUCCUUGCAGCACGGUGGCUCAGUGGUUAGCACUGCUGUCUCACAGCACCAGGGUCCC